CCCUGCAACUUGAAAGAAGCUUUUUUCUUCCUUUCGCAGUUCUGAAGAAGCGUUUUCAAUCACAGAUGCAUACCGACCUGUUGAUAAUUUUCAGCAUUUUCUUUCUGAAUUCCCGUGCACAGCAUGCACAUCAAUUUGCAUCUUACUGAAUUCUAUUAGCAAACAAACGGUUACAGAGACACUAUUCCCCUUCGUUCAUCUAUUUCUAAAAGCAGGAGCACGCAGGCACCUCGGAGACGGCCUGGGUGACGUCAGGAACGCGGAAGGCCCGAACCGAGGCCUUCCCUUCCCUGUGCAGCCUGGAGCCGGAUUGGGAGGGUGGCUGUGAGUGAGCGGCGGGCCAUGUUCUACAAGUUUGAUGGGUUCACGCAGAGGCUGAGCGGCGCUGCCGGCCCGGCCGCCUACAGCCCCCAGGGUCUGAAGCCUCUGGUUUCCUCAGAAUCUUCUACUGUGGUAUUUGCCAUGCCGACAAAUGUCGUAUCAGAAUCAGGAGAAGGAGUCCAGUUUCUGGGACAAAAUAAAGUGCCUGAUUUCCAGAAACUUUUUCAGAAGUCAGAUGGUGUGCCUAUACAUCUGAAGAGAGGAGUUCCCGAUCGACUAUUAUACAGGACUACAAUGGCGUUGACAAUUGGAGGGGCCGUUUACUGUUUGGUAGCACUGUUUCUGGCAGCUCAACCCAAAAAGCAGCAUUGAACUGACUCUGUUAAUGUGACUGAUACUUCUGAAAUCCUCACGAUAUGGACUGGCAUACAACGCUUCGCACUUCAUUUUCAAGGUUUUCUUUCCUGGUGCACCACUUUCUCUAAUACUUACUCAGCAGGGAUUUCCCUGCAGCUCAUUUCAGUCAAUUUUGUUCUUUAUUAUCGAAGAUUCCAAAUCUCAGAAUCCUGCUUAAUCAUGAUAAAAACAAAUAUAAUGAUCAGAUUAAUUAGAAAUUUUUUCCAUUGAAUCAUGCAAAGUGUUCAGGAAGAUAAUGUUUGAAUGUAAGUAGAUGAAUGAAAUGUGAUGGCACUUUACAUGCAACUUAAUGGUAGUUGUGGUGGAAUAUGAAUGUGUCUUUUCACUUAAAAGAUAAAAGGACUUUUGUAUCUGUCAUGUCCAAGAGGAAUGCUGAUGUUCACUAUCAUAAUUAUGAGAUCUUAUGUACAUCUUCAUGCAGUCUCAAGCAUGUGCACAGGCAGUUGUUCAUCUGGAAACGUGAUAUUUCAAUAAAUCCAAAUGACCACUAAUAACAAUCUGGUGCUUAUCUAAAAUACAUUAUCAAAUUGGAAUGUUUUACUCCUUAUUUCUGCAAUCUUGGUUGCCAUCAUUUUUAUUUUUGUUUUAUUUAGAGAUGAAGCACAGUAAAAGGCCCUUCUGGCUCAACGAAUCUGCGGUGCACAAUUACUCCCAUGUGACCAAUUAACCUGUUAAUCCGUGCAUCUUUGGAAUGUAGGAGGAAACCAGAGCAUCUGGAGGAAACCCAUGUGUCAUGGGGAGAUAGUGCAAAUUCCUUACAGACAGUGGUGGGAAUUGAACCCAGGUUGCUAGCGUUUUAAUACAGUAACCUCUACACUACUGUGCUGCCCUUUUUCUAUCUACUGAAAUGUGUCAAUGCCAUUGUCACCUCCAGCUUUUCACCAGUACUCUUCACUGCAUUGGCAUUCAUUUAUUAUCCCCCCCCCCCCCCCCCCAUCAACAUUAGUUACUCAAUUUCCAAUUAAUAAAUCUCUCAACAUUUUUUUUAUCUCAAGCAAUAUAGCAGUAAAAUUUGUGGUAAAGUAUACAGUAUUUUCCUGUAGAUCCUGCGAUUGGUCUGGCUGCUGUGCCAACUGUACAUUGUUAGUGUUUUUUUUUCUAUCUCUUUUGUUAUGUAGACAAUUCAUUUAAUAGAGAUGUGAUUUAUUCCUUAAUGUCAACCAAUAAUUUGGGCUGUGUCUGAAUGGAGGAAAAAUACUGCAUUAUAGAAAAUACCCUUAAUCAAAAAGAACAGUUAAAAUCAGCAGAAUCGGACUUAAAUGCUCAUUUGAUAGUGGGACGUGGUAAAGUAAUUGUCAUUGAUCUUUAUACUAACGACAGCAAUACAAAGUGACUAAGAAGUUGAUUGAGAACUUAUUGGUUCUGUGUAAAAUCAUUAUGGAAUUGCAUUUUAAUAUAAAUGAUAUGACCAACAGAAUGGAUUAUCAGUGUAAUAGGUGAUCUUGAAUUGAGAUGUACACAGAUUAGUGUUGUUAUUGUGUCUCAAUUUUCUGUGGCAUUGUGACCAUCAAUUCUGAGUCUAUUGAUGCAGUAGUUUAUUUAAAUCAUGGAGAUGAGAAUAAGUAGCAUACUUAUGUUCUAUAUUUGUAGUGAUUAUCAGGUUUAAUACUUACGUUUAGACCUUUAGCUUUUAUUUGUAGAAUUUAAAUUCUAUCAGUUGCAAUUGAGAAAGUAGAUAUUGUGAAGUAGAUUAGUCAGUAUUGAAAAAAAUCUUAACUUAAUAUUUUUCUUAAUUCUUUUCAUCCAAACUUUUCUCUUUAAACAAGAUUUGCAGAUUAUAUUGCCAUCAUUUACACAAAUGGGUAAAUUGUAAUGCUACUUUUUUAUAAGCAAAAUCCUUCAUAUGAUGGAUUUUUAAGGUUGUAAUACUUAGCCAAAGCAUUUUACAAAGGAAAAACAAGAGAGAGGAUUCUCCUUGAGCAGUGGCUCAUUUUGGCAAGGAUGAUUUGUUUCCACUCUGACCACAGUAAAAGCUGCAAGACCGAUGUGGGAACGCCAGACUCUUCCACAGAUAGGUUAACAGGUGGCUGAUGGGGCAGCUGGGUGGGUAGGUUGUGCAGUGCACUCCUGCUCCUUGUGCAAGAUUUCUUUCCGCUCUUGAUACAGGGCCUCAAGAUUCCCAAAUAAUGCUUCUCUGUUGAGUGAUUUUGAGCCAGAGGUUCCUCAGAGUUAUGUGACUAUCCUAAGUUUUGAUUGCACCUUCAAAUCUUUCACUGUCUGCCUUAAGAAAGUUUGGAAUUGAAUGCCUGUUUAGGGAAACUGUUGUUGGGCAUGCAUUUGCUGUGGCCAAGGCAACAUAGCCAAGUGAGAAUAACAUGGGUGUAUUGGCCUGGCAGAAGUCAAGUCAAGUCACUUUUUAUUGUCAUUUUGACCAUAAACUGUUGGUACAGUACACAGUAAAAAUGAAACAACAUUCCUCCAGGACCAUGGUUCUACGUGAAACAACACAAAACGACACUUGAGUACAGACCUACACAGGAUUACAUAAAGUGCACAAAACAGUGCACAAUAUUUAUAUAUUUAUUUAUUUAUUUAAUAAUUAACAAGACAUUAGGCACAGUAGAGGACAAAUUUCAAUAUAAUAAUAAAUGAUGUAGAUGUCAGUCUAGACUCUGAGUAUUGAGGAGUCUGAUGGAUUGGGGGAAGAAAGUUGCACAGUCUGGUUGUGAGAUCCCAAAUGCUUUGGUGUUCAGGCCCAGCUGUUUCAGCUUUCCAAUCAGGUGCUGCGGAAUGAUUGUGUUGAAUGCUGAACUGAAGUCUAUGGGCAUAGUUAAAAUAUAGAGGUUUUAAUGAAGAUAGACUGUAAGAUCAUGAAGGCUGAAUGAUGGUUGCCCGUUGUAUCCAACAGUGACAGGAGACCAGGGUGGGAACAUUUUUACAAUGGAAAGUACAUUGCACUGGAGCAGUUCCACUCAACCCUGGAAAUCCAGGUCUAGUGUUACAAGUAGUCAUCACAAAGUGUGGACUUCCUUGUUUGACGUGAAUGACCACAAGUUCUUCUGUGCUGUGCCAUGCCCUUCGCUCUCCAUGACGUGUUGCAGAGCCACCUCACUGUUGAUCUCAUCCACCCAGUCCGCCAAGAGCUGACUACACAUGCUAGUACAACAACGUUCCUAUCUCACUGGGGUGUGAGGUCUGCUGGUUUGGUCCACCUGUCAAAGCCGUGUACUAGGGUGUGGCUGCUGUCACAUGAAAUCGAGUCACAGGUGAGAGCUGAGUGUCUGCUGGGGACAAAAGUUGAGUGGGUUGCCCUAGAAUGGACACAACAAGCCCCUUCACUAGAGGUGCUACCCCUCCCGAGGCACUCCUGAAUAAUACAGUAUGUUACUAAAUGUAAGACUAGAGGAAAUCAAUAGGAACAAAGGGAUCUUGAGGAGCAAAAGUUGUGACGAAACAGGGCUGAGAGAGACUUUGGAGGUAAAGUAGGGUAAUGCUAUUUUGUGAAUGUGACAUAUUUGAAAUAGUCCUGUGGAAUGGGAAAUAGUGAUGGAGUACUAAAUAAAUGGCUUUCUGUAAGAGAAGAGGAGGAAGCUAUUCCGGUAAAAAGUAUCAGUGAAAGGUGAAGGUGGCCUAAUGAAUUUCAGCAGUUUUGGGGUGAUUUAAAUUUAAGACUAGCACUGUGCAGGGCUAAAAAUAAACUCUUGUGUUGUUGAAAUCAAUCCCAAAAUAAUAACAUCCAAAUUUUCUUAGCAUAACUUUUUCUGUUUAAUGUUUUAAACAUAUAAAUCUAAAAAGGAAAAAGAGAGCAAAAGGUUUUUGAUAUUUUAGGAUUCAUCACAUGCUUGUAAUUAUUUAUGCAUUAAACUUCAAAUUGCACAAAACUGUUAGAGCUUGGGACAUCGGAGUUUGGAUUUCAAAUCUGGCACUGCCUGUAAAGAGUUUCUAUGUUCUCCCCAUAACUGCCCGGGUUUCCUCUGGGUGCUCCAGUUUCUACCCACAGCCCAAAGAUAUAUCAAAUAGUAGGCUAAUUGGUUGUUGUAAAGUACCCUGUGAUUAGGCUAAUGUUAAAUAGGUAGUUUGCUGGACAUCACAGAUCAUUGGAUUGGAAAGUACUGUUCUAAAUACAUAAUUAAUCUCUAAAUACAUAAAUAAUCUUCCUUUACGAAACCUUGAUCUGUUUGAUUUUUGAGCCAAAAUGGUCUUAAAUCCCUACUCAAACCUUAAAAAGAAAACCUGUUUAUAUCAGCAUGAUUUUUCACCUCUAAAAUAUAUUUUUGCUAUCUAUUGUUAUGCUUCACCUCGCUGAAAUACUUUUGAUUACACUUGUACACUGUUAAGUUACCUUUUAAUAUCAUUGGUCUUUGUGUAUAAUUCAGGCUAGAACAAGUUUUCAUUUCCUUGACUGGAGGCUGAUGGAUUAAUUUUUCAAAAUAUACUGUAUAUUAAAAUUUGAGGCAACAAUGGAUCCCUUGGUACUAAGUAACAGAUUUCUAAGCCUGGGCCUCUGUAAUUUCCUGUGCAGUUGGAUCCUUGAUUUCCCUGUUGGGAGAUCUCAGUUGUGAUCUCCUGACUGACAAUGUAGGCAUACUGGAGAAUACAUAUUUAGCCCAUCUCUCUACUCCCAUGACUGUGUGGCUAAGCACAAUUCAAUGGUUCAAUGUAAUGUCAGAGGAUGAAUAUAGUGUACAACCUGAAAUCCUUACUUGAAUGGCAUUUAUAAAUUUACUGAUGGCAGAAUCUCAGAUGGUGAUGAGGAGGCGUACAGGACUGAGAUUUAGAUCAGCUGGUUCAAUGAUUCUGUAACAACAAGUUUUGCACUCAACAUCAGUAAGGCCAAGGAAGGACGAUAUCACCUGGUCCCUCAACACUUCUUUGGUCAAGAAAGCAUACUUCCUGAUUGAGUAGAGUGAGGCUCCCCACCCAUUCUAACCACAUUUUACCGAAGCACUAUUGUGAGUGUCUCGGCCAGCUGCAUCACUGUAUGGUAUGGGAACUACAAGACCCUGUAAUGGACUGAGAGGACUGCUAAGAGAAUCAUUGGGGUCUUCCUUCCAUCCCUCCCCCCUCUAUCCAGAACAUUUAUCAGAAAUGCUGCUUUCGCAGAGCACUCAGCAUUGUCAUCCAUCCCAAAAUCUCUUGACCUCCUACCAUCAGGCAGGAGGUACCCCAGUCUAAGAACAAGAACUGUUAGGCUGGGUAACAGCUUCUUCCCCCAGGCUGUGAGACUUUUGAACACCCUGUUAAUGUGUACCCAGUACACAUUAUGACAGUGCCAGUACCAGUAAUACUGCUGUGUAUUUAACUGUAUGUCAUAUAUACACUUUAUGUCAAUUUGUAUGAAUACCAAAUACUUUUUUAUCUGUUAUAUUAUGUUAAUAUAAUUUCAAUUGAAUUGACUUUAUUUCUUACAUCCUUCACAUACACGAGGAGUAAAAAUCUUUAUGUUACUUCUCUGUCUAAAUGUGCAAUCAGAGUAAUUUAUAUUAAUUUAUAAUAAGUAGAACUGUCAAUGUAACAUAGAAAUACACUCAAAUCAGCAUGAAUUAAUCAAUCUGAUGGCCUGGUGGAAGAAGCUGUCCCAGAGCCUGUUGGUCCUGGCUUUUAUGCUGCGAUACCGUUUCCCAGAUGGUAGCAGCUGGAAUAGACUGUGAUUGGGGUGACUUGGGUCCCCAAUGAUCCUUCAGGCCCCUUUUACACACCUGUCUUUGCAAAUGUCCUGAAUCAUGGGAAGUUCACAACUACAGAUGCACUGGGCUGUCUGUGCCACUCUGCAGAAUCCUGUGAUUAAGGAAGGUACAGUUCCCAUUCCAGGCAGUGAUGCAGCCAGUCAGGAUGCUCUCAUUUGUGCCCUUGUAGAAAGUUCUACAAGGAUUUGGUAGCCCAUACCAAACUUCCUCAACAGUCUGAGGUGAAAGAGGCGCUGUUGUGCCUUUUCAACCACAAAGCUGAUGUGUACAGACCACGUGGGGCCCUCGGUGAUGUGGAUGCCGAGGAACUUAAAGCUGUUUACCCUCUCAGCCCCAGAUACAUUGAUGUCAAUAGGGAUUAGACUGUAUCCAUUCCUCCUGUAAUCCACAACCAGCUCCUUUGUUUUUGUGACAUUGAGGAAGAGGUUGUUUUCUUGUUACCACUGCUUGACAUGUACUGCAUGUGAUAUAAGGACUGUGUUUUGCACCUUGGUCCCAGAGGAGUUGUGUUUAGCUGUAUACAUAGACUGUAUAUAGCUGAAUGACAAGAAAUUUGAACUUGAACUAAUUGUGGACUUAAGGAAGGGAAUGUCAGGAGAACACAUACCACUCCUCAAAGGGGUUGGCAGUGGAAACAGUGAACAGUUUCAAGUUCCUGGUUGUCAGCAUCUCUGAAGGUCUAUCCUGAGCCCAACAUAGUGAUGCAAUUACAAAGAUGGCACAUGAGCAGCAAAGUUUUGUUAGGAGUUUGAAUAAAUUUGAUAUCUCACCAAGCACUCCAGCAAAUUUCUACAGCUGUGGACUCUAGCUCAAAGUUCGAAGUGAAUUUUAUUAUCGAAGUACAUAUAUGUUAUCGCAUAUAACCCCGAGAUUCAUUUUACUGUGGGCAUCCUCAGCAAAUCUAUAGAAUAGUAACUAUAAAAGGAUCAAUGAAAGAUCAACCAGAGUACAGAAGACAACAAUCUGCAAACACGGAUAUAAAUAAAUAGCAAUAAAUAGGAGGACCUGACAUAACAAGAUAAAGAAUCCUUAAAGUGAGAUCAUUGGUUGUAGGAAACACCUCAAUGGAUGGACAAGUGUGUGUAGUUAUCCCCUUUCUUCCAGCCAAAAUUUCCUCCAGUUACAGAGAAAACUGAAAUAAUUGUUUUUGCUGCCAAAAAAGUACAAUCAAAAGUCACUUAGAAUCCCUGUCGAUCCAGACCUCAAAGCGAGGCAGAAACCUUGAUGUUGAGAUGGACUCCAACUUAAUUUUUAACUGCCACAUUGAGGCAAUUACAAAGUCAGUCUACUAACUUCUUAAAGAAAAUAGCGAGAGUUAAAGGGUUUGUGUCUCAACAAGAUCCAGAAAAACUCAUCCAUGCAUUUUUUUAGUAGUCGUGACUACUGUAAUGGUAUUUCACAGGUCUCUGUAAAAAAAAAAAAUCCCUCAGACAGGUGCAGCUCAUUCAGAACGUUGCUGCUAAGACCAAGAAAGUAGAGCAUAUCACUCCAAUUCUCAGAUCGCUGCACUGGCUUCCUGUCCAUCAGAGGAUUGACUUUUAAAAUACUUCUGCUGGUUUAUAAAGCACUGAAAGAUCUAGGACCAAAAUACAUCUCUGAUCUCUUGUUGCACUAUGAACCUUCCUGAGCUCUCAGGUUGUCUGGGUGGGUCUGCUUACUGCAUCCCCAGGGUCAAAACUAAACAUGAUGGAGUAGCUCUGCUCCACAUACCUGGAAUAACCUUCCAGAGGAUAUGAAGUCUAUGUCAAGUUUAAGCUCUUUUAAGUCGAGGCUUAAAACUUUUCACUGUAGCUUUUAAUUAUCUUGCACUGUAACUUUUUAUUUAGUAUAUCUAUUUUUGUGCAAUUUUAUUCUCUUGCAUUGUCUGAAAUUUGAUGUUUGAUUUUUAUAUCUUGUUCUAUGUAAAGCACUUUGAACUGCCUUGUGUUUGAAUAGUGCUAUACAAAUAAACUUGCUUGCUUGUUCAA